AUGUCUCUCCCCAUCGAGAACGAGGCAUCGGCGCCGCCGCCGCCAGCGUCGCAGAAGCAUCAGCCUCUUGCGGCGCGCGACGAGAAGACGACGCCCUCGCUGCUGGUCAGCGACGCGUCGCAGCAGCAGCAGCAGUAUGCCCCCAACGACGACGGCAAUGACGCCGCACCCCAGCGGCAAAAGUGGUACCAGUGGUUCUCGCCCAGCGACACCCCCGAGGAGCGCCGCCUCGUCCUCAAGCUCGACGCCCUCAUCCUCGUCUUCGUCUUCCUCGCCUACUGGGCCAAGGUGCUCGACCAGUCCGCCGCCGCGACCGCCUACGUCAGCGGCAUGCGCGAGUCGCUCGGCCUCUACGGCAACGAGCUCAACUACCUCAACACGUCGUACAUGGUCGGCUUCGUCGCCCUGCAGAUUCCCCUGACGCUCCUGAUGACGCGCUUCUCCGCCAGCUACUUCCUCCCCGGCGCCGACCUCGUCUGGGCCGCCCUCACCCUCGCCCAGUACAAGGCCUCGUCCGCCUGGCAGCUGUACAUCCUGCGCUUCCUCGUCGGCGCCGCCGGCAGCCUCUUCUUCCCCGGCGUCCAGUGGUACCUCGGUUGCUGGUACAAGCGCUCCGAGCUGAGCCGCCGCUCCGCCCUCUUCUUCGUCGCCAGCCAGGUCGGCGGCAUGAGCGCCGGCUACAUCCAAACGGGCGCCCACGCCGGGCUCAACAUGCGCCACGGCAUCGAGGGCUGGCGCUGGCUUUAUAUCAUCUGCUUCUCGUGCACCUUCCCCGUCGCCAUCCUCGGCUUCAUCACCCUCCCCGGCCAGCCGGACAAGCCGCGGACCCUGUUCCUCUCGGAGCGCGAAGUCCAACUCGCGCGUGACCGCAUGGCCGCCGAGCACCGCGAGCCCCGCAAGCCGCUCACCAUCCCCGUCGUCCGGUCCGUCCUCUCCGGCUGGCACUUCUGGGUCCUCGUCGCCUUCGCCUUCUUCUUCUCCCAGGCCGACGGCGUGUCCUCCAACAGCGGCCUUCCCCUGUGGCUCAAGGAGCAGGGCUACGGCGUCGAGGCCAUCAACACCAUCACCACCGUCUCUCCCGCCGUCACCAUCGUCGCCUCUCUCAUCUGCGGCGUCUUGUCCGACGCGUAUGACGCCAAGGUGCCGCUCAUAGCCGUCACGGCCGGGCUCAACAUCUUUGCCAGCAUCGUCCUCGCCAUCUGGCACGUCCCCACCGGCCUCAAGUUCUUCGCCUUCUUCCUCGCCGGCUCGGCGGACGGCAUUGCGGGCGUCAUCUACGCCUGGGCCAACGAGAUUUGCGCCGGCAACGCCGAGGAACGCGCAAUCGUCAUUAGCAGCAUGAACACCAUUGGCAAUGUCUUUGGCGCCUGGAUCCCUCUGUUGGCUUGGAAGACGGUAGACGCGCCGCGCUACCUCAUCGGAUAUAAUUGGACAAUCGCCCUAGAUGUGUGCAUGAUUGGAAUGCUCUUCGUUUUGCGAUCAUUUUGGAACAAGGAGAGGAAGCAAAACACGAGUCUGGCAGUCUCCAGCACAAGCGGGUAG